AUGGCGGGGUGCCUUGCCCGGGCCGCAGCGCCCAUGGCCGACCCUCUCCUUGCAGUGACCUCGCAGAUGGCCACUGGUGCCCAGCGCCGAGAGGAGCCGCUCCGUGGGCAUGGGCAGAAGGACAGAGCCUCUCCAGACCCACAGCACUCCUUGCUGGAGGCACUCUCCUUGCUCGGCAGCGAUGACUGGGAGCUGAAGGAGGAGGGACUCUACAACAUCAAACACCUGGCUGGGUCCCAUUCAGAGGUCCUGCUGUGUAGACUUCAUGAUGUUUGCUUGGCAGUUACCAGCAAGGUGGCCAACCUCCGUUCCAAGGUGUCCUACUCUGCAAUUGUCACUCUGGGAGAGCUCUUUGUGACCUUGAAGAAGAACAUGGACUCUGAGGUGGAUGAGGUUGCUCGGGUCCUUCUGCAGAUGGUGUCCAACUCCCCAGAAUUUGUUCAGAAAGCAGCCAGUCAGACCCUGGGGAUCAUGGUGGAGAAUGUGACUCCUGCACGAGCAAUGACUGCUCUCAUGGACAUGGGAGUCAAGAGCCGUCACGCCCAGGUGCGGAAGUGUGGGGCCGAGCUCCUCCUGUCCCUGAUGGAGAGAAUUGGAGUCACAAAGCUGGCAGGCACAGCCAGGGCUGAGAGGCUGGCACACGUGGCAGGGAAGCUUGCUCAGGACUGUCACCAGGACACAAGGCAUUAUGGACAGGAGAUGGUGAAGAUGUUGCUCAAUCAUCAAAAAUUUAAAAUGCUUUUGGAGCGAUCUCUUUCCACCCAUGACCUGGACGAUAUUCUGACAAGAAUUAAGAAGAAAGGGAUGGAAAACCAGAAGGCUGAACGCCCAUCUGUCAAGGAGCUGGUGAAGAAGAGGAACAAUGGCUCCAAGAAGCCCCAGGCCACAUUGUCUUCUAGCAAACGAGUGAAAUCUACCUCUGAUGGAUGCCUCCUACACCGUGCACAAGCCCAGGUCACGUUACCUCCGGCUGAGGAAGAAACAGAGCUGCUCCAGAAGCUUUACAAUCUCCUGGAGGCCAAGGGGUUUCAGACACGCAUGGAAGGAGUGUCACUCCUGCAAGACCUGUGUAAAACCAGCCCCCAGCUCAUCUCCACUAACAUUGUCCAAAUUUUUGAUUAUUUUGUCCUGAGAAUAUCUGACAGCCACAAGAAAGUGAAGCAGAAGGCGCUAGACGUGCUGGCUGAAAUCACAGGCGUCCUGAAAGAUGCCUUGAACUCAGUGAUCAUUGGUUUGGUGGAAGGAAUAACGAAGAACCUGAACUCCAAGGACCCCAGGGUUCAUGCCACAGCUGUGAAAGCACUGGAAGAAUCCAUUGCUCAUUUAGAUAAAGUAUCACUGCUGAAGGAGUUCAGCUACCAGUGGAACCAACUGAGUGGCCAAGCUCUGCUGGAUGUCACGGAGUGUAUCACAGGAGCCCCCAAGACCAGAGUGCAGGACUUGCUGUCCUGCAGCUAUCCUGUGACCUCUCUGUCUCAGAAACCUUCAAGGCGCAACUGGAAUUGCUGA